CCCCCCCAAAUGUGUUUUUUCCCCAGUUUCAUCCUCUAGACGUUACAUUCUUCUGGGGACCUUUAGCGUUUAGCCUCCAGUGGAGCCUGGGUCUUUUAUGUCCUGCUCUGCUCUUUCAAAUGACUUCUCUCCCUUCAACUACACGUUGUGUGCUAAGCUGCUGUCUCUUCUAGGUACUUCCAGGAGACUGACUGUUCAGUCCCCAUCUCUUUUGCACCUGGCUGGGCUUCUCUGUCUCCGUUUAACAUUUAUGUCAAUUCUGCUCAGCAGCAGUAAGCUCCUGCACCUUUUGGCAUUAGAGAAUCGCUAGAAAAGAGGCUGGAAAUGAAGCAAUUUCUGUUGGAAUAUUGAAAUCCAAGAUAAGCCCUUUUGUGAAAAAGUUUGAGAGUUCAAAAUUGACCAGGUUAAUGAGUUCUCUUCCAUUUUCUUUAAAAUGUAAAUACCAUAACAUUGUAUCAAACUUUUCGUAUUACCUGUUCCUUCUGCUUUAUUGGGAAAUGGGUCCCUAAACUGGAGCUGAUUUUAAGCAAAUACCAGGUCACCCUUGCUUCACUGCUUCCCUUUCGUCUGAGCCUUUCAUACUUCAGCAAGCCUCUUCAUCCUCUCCCAAAACUCUGUCUUUACAUGAAAUUAAGAUGUAUAAAGUAAACCGUGAAAGAUCUUAAAAUCCCGUGUUGUUUUAAGAUAGCCACCUCCUCCUUCCUUCCUUUCUCCCAAAAGCCAGGCAGACCAGCUAGCUGUAGUUUCCCAUUAACGUGACCCUGAUGGUCCCCUUGCUGGUUUGUGACUUCAGUACUGCAUCUUGUCUCCGACUUGGUAGGAAAUGUUUGUAGGGGGCUGUAUUUCACAAGCUGAGGGGUUUCGAGCGAACUCAGGAGCUUUGGGGGUUUUUCACAGGCAGAUGGGGCAGCUGUCCCUGCUCUUCCCCCUGCGGCUGGGUGGGAUGUGGGAGACACAUCCUUGGUUUGCUUAAUUCAGAGAAGGGGCUUCAAUCUAAGCCUCUCAGUCACAACGCGUGCACCCUGCCUGCUGGAAUAUCAGUUAGUAGCUUUAUUUCUGGAUGUUUGACUCUUGAUCCCACGUGGAACAACUGGAGCAAUUUAGAGACGGGCGGCAGAACAGAGAGGCUGCCAGCACGCUCACCUGGCUUGCAGGAGAGCAAAGUUCGGGUCCUUCACCCGCACCAAACCAGGACUUCAACCUCGCUUUCGAACCUCUCUGAUCUUAGACAGACGCAUAUGCCCCGGCUGUUUGGGAGAUUGUCAGCUGCUGGAUGCUGGCGGGUGUCACGUAGGGGCAGUUUGCCCCCAAAUUAGAACAAUCCAGUCCCUAUCCUGCUAGCGUGCAAACGGAUUUCCUCCAAUGCAUUUUUCCCUCCCCCAAGUCCUUCUGAAACCAACAAGACUGGGGUUAUGAAGUCAAUCCUAGAUGGCCUCGCAGAUACAACUUUCCGAACAAUCACGACAGAUCUCCUUUACGUGGGCUCCAACGAUAUCCAGUACGAAGACAUGAAAGGCGACAUGGCAUCCAAGCUGGGAUACUACCCCCAGAAGUUCCCUCUCUCUUCCUUCAGGGGUGAUCCUUUCCAAGAAAAAAUGACUGCGGGAGAUGAUCCCCUGUUGAGCAUUAUUCCCUCUGAUCAGGUCAACAUCACAGAGUUUUACAACAAGUCCCUGUCCACGUUUAAGGAUAAUGAGGAGAACAUACAGUGUGGGGAGAACUUCAUGGAUAUGGAGUGCUUUAUGAUCCUGAACCCCAGCCAGCAGCUGGCCAUCGCUGUGCUGUCGCUCACCCUGGGCACCUUCACCGUCCUGGAGAACCUCCUCGUCCUGUGCGUCAUCCUCCACUCCCAAAGCCUCCGGUGUAGACCCUCCUACCAUUUCAUCGGCAGCCUGGCUGUGGCCGACCUCCUGGGCAGCGUGAUUUUUGUCUACAGUUUUGUGGAUUUCCAUGUUUUCCACCGGAAGGACAGCCCCAACGUCUUCUUGUUCAAACUGGGUGGAGUUACAGCCUCCUUCACCGCCUCCGUAGGUAGCCUUUUCCUCACGGCAAUAGACCGGUACAUAUCUAUACACAGGCCACUAGCUUACAAAAGGAUUGUUACCCGACCAAAGGCUGUCGUAGCGUUUUGUGUGAUGUGGACCAUCGCUAUUGUAAUAGCUGUUCUUCCUCUGCUCGGCUGGAACUGCAAAAAGCUCAAUUCUGUUUGUUCGGACAUAUUCCCUCUCAUCGAUGAGACGUACCUGAUGUUCUGGAUCGGGGUCACCAGCGUCCUCUUGCUGUUCAUUGUCUAUGCCUACAUGUACAUACUGUGGAAGGCUCACAGCCACGCUGUUCGCAUGAUUCAGCGGGGCACACAGAAAAGCAUAAUCAUCCAGUCGACGGAGGAUGGUAAGGUACAGAUCACUAGGCCCGAUCAAACUCGAAUGGACAUCAGGUUAGCCAAAACCUUGGUCCUUAUCCUAGUCGUUUUAAUCAUAUGCUGGGGCCCUCUCCUCGCCAUCAUGGUGUACGAUGUCUUUGGGAAAAUGAACAAGCUCAUCAAGACUGUCUUUGCCUUCUGUAGCAUGCUCUGUUUGCUGAAUUCAACAGUGAAUCCCAUCAUCUACGCUCUGAGGAGCAAGGACUUGCGACACGCCUUCCGCAGCAUGUUCCCCACCUGCGAAGGAACCGCGCAGCCCCUCGAUAACAGCAUGGAGUCUGACUGCCAGCACAAACACGCCAACAACGCGGGGAACGUGCACAGGGCUGCCGAGAGCUGCAUUAAGAGCACAGUUAAGAUUGCCAAAGUUACCAUGUCUGUCUCCACGGACACGACUGCUGAAGCGUUGUAAGUCACAGACUUCUCAGCGUUGCGAGAAAAGGAGUUAGUUUAAAAAAAAAAAAAAAAAAAAAGAAAAAAAAAUCAACAACAGAGAAAACCAAACCCGUGGCUUAACGUGUUUGUACCCUCCUGUAAUAUUUUUUUGGUUUGUCAUUGUAAGCUGAGCAAUGAUUGUGUUAAGAGCAUUACCAUCAGCCAGUUCUUCAGGUUUUACAAUUAGGGAUUCAAGCUAAAUUUUCAAAAGUUUUUUUCUCAAACAGUGUUUCCUGAAUAAUAGUAAGUUUCCUGAAAGAGCACAGAGAAAAUACCAGGUUAGCAAUGGUUCCUUUUGGGGUUGUGAAGAAAAAUUGUGAAACCUAAUUGAAAACUAACGCAUCCUAAACCAAUACCGUGAAAUAAGAAAAAAAGCCUUGUAAUCAUGCUGUUCAUUUCAAUGUGAAGUGUAUUUCACGUCUGUAAGUAAUAAGAGUUUUUGAUUUUUUCCAAAAGCGGCAGUGCUGAGUUUUAGAGGUUUUGUAAAACGUGUCGUGUCCUGUGAAUUGUAUGCUGUUUUAUUAUGUGUUAUUGAUAUUUGUCUGAUUAAACAAAGUGAUAAGGUAGACUUCCGUGGAAGUAAUGUGAAAUGUGAUAUGUAAACCCCAUUGAAAACACUUACUGUAUUUGAAGAAUUCCUAUGAGCUAUUUUGGAAAUUUUACACUUUUAGUGGUCUUCUGUGGACUUAGAGGAGAGGCUUUGUGUUCUACUAAAAUUAUUUCCCCACUACCUUUAUACUUUCACAUGCAUACGAGAGUAACAGCAACAAAGGAAUAGAGGAGGAAAGUAAGAGAGGAAUGCAUUGGUUCAGACUUUUAAAUACCACUGCGUUUAUACAGAAGGACGUUUAUGGUUGUACAGACUAUCGCCCUGCUCUCGGGCGUCGCGUGAAUACGAACACUGAAAAGCGAAGGUCCCGGAUAUUGGCUCCUUUAACAGGCAACUGGUUUGAAGCCACGUGCUGGUGCUGGACCACUGAAGACAGCAUGUGUCAGACUCAAUGUGCGAUGUUAUCACUGUGCAGUCAAUGUAUACUUGAAGUGUGUUGCAUUCCUGUAUCCCAGGUUUAAGCAGAUUCAGAGCCUGAGAUGCCAAACUCCCGUCUUCACUAAAAGAGGAGGAAAUAUUGUCAGACGUAGACAUUUUCUUAUUGUGUGAGCGUGUAUAUAAAUAAAUAUCUAUGUGUGUGUAUGUGUGUGUGCGUGUGUGUGUGUGUGUGUAAGUAUACUAAUCAGUGUGAGUCAUGGUAGCAUAACUAAGAUAGGACACUAUGACCAAAUGUAAACUGUAUUUCUUGUUGCACGCUUUGCACACGAAUUUUGUUUCUAAAAUUGAGUUCUUCCAACUGAUUACUCAUGAAAGUACCGUAUUAAGAACAUCCGCAUCCACUCUGAGAGGUGUAUCCACGUACUAGAGAAAGCAACCUUUCAGUUGUACUUGAGCAUAAGGGGAACAAGAGGCAGAGCGUGGCAUGAGCCCGCACUGACAACUGCAGUGGCUGUCAAUGGUGUUCCUGAAAACAGAGAAAGCCAGAAAUAAAUGAUAAUCUGUUUUAAGGCCA